AUGCACCAGCAGGCGAGAGAUCUCUCCGCGGAGGAUUCCCACUUCUCGCAGGGGCGACAUCAGGCUGACGAGAUCGGCCCGGACGCCCUUGUGGCUGCUCCCUCGGACCCUCUAGACGAUGUCUUUGGCGCGGACGACGCCGGCGACGACGAUGCGCCCAACGUCGUGUCGCGGGUACCCGAGUCCACACACCCGACGGACAUGAGUCGUUUGCAGGCAGAGCACAGCACAUCAGGCUAUAGGGAGGGUGUGUCGGUGGCGAAGGAGGCCAGCAUACAGCCGGGCUUUGACGAGGGCUUCAGCUUGGGUGCCACGAUUGGUCAAAGGGCCGGGCAUCUCAUCGGCCUCGUCGAGGGCAUCAGCAACGCGCUGGAGCCCCUCGGCAGCGAGGAAUCGGCGGACGCGGCGCGGCUCCUCGGUCAGGCCCGCGAGGAGCUCAGCACCAGGCAUAUUUUUAGCGCCGACUACUGGGCACCCGACGGAAACUGGACGUAUCCAGUCAACAACCCCCAAGAUACGGGAGGGGAGGUGCUGUUUUCCGACGUGGCGGAGGCACAUCCCUUGAUCAGCAAGUGGACGGCCAUCGUUGACGAGCAGGUGCAGCGGUGGCAUAUCCAGCUCGAUAUCUUGCGCGAUGAGGCGGGCCCGCGAGUGGAAGUAAUCUCAGAUGAGCAAGCCAGAUCGGGUCUCGUGCAAAAAACGAACAAGGCUUUGGACUGGUAA